GCUAGCCGCCGCAUCCUGUGUAUAGUUUGUGUGUAUGUAUAAUACUUCCUGGUUUUAUGCACAGUUAUUGUAGGACUGGACUGUGAGACAGCCAGUUAGACUUUAGCUGUUACAUGUGUUUGGCAGAUUGAAAUAUGGGCGACAGCCCACACUUCAUCAUCAGCUCUCUAGAUCCUGUGCUUGUUGUAAAACACCACCUGCAUCAGCUACAGUGCUCAUGCAGUUGUUUUGUCCCAAAUUGCAUUCAUGGCUCAGAACAAAAUUGAAAUUUCCGGAUCGGGACAGGGAAUUUUCAACUGGCUUACCAUGCUGGCUCUGCAAGUGGAGCCUAAAUUUCGCACAAACCUUUUUUUUUUUGCACGAACAUUUUGCACGAUUUUUUAAAUUUAUUUUUGCAUCUGUUUGCAUUAUUUGUAAUGAGCCUGCAAACUAUUACCUAAUAGUAAAUGUUUUUUUGUAUUCAUUUUUGUUCGUUGUGUGCCUAAGAAAAUUUUGUUGAGUAGGCCUACAGACUUUCGAAUUUUAACAACUUCCGGUUUCUCUCAUAAAAAAACAUUUUUGGAUUAGCAAUUAAUAACGUUAACUCUGUAAUCUGGUCACAUCCUUCCCCCGUAAAAUCAUAAUGUACUUCAUAAUAUCAUGAAGAAUGAAUUAUAGACCUACGUUUAAAUGUUCACUUCAGAGGCUACUUAGUUGGGUAUUUAAUCUGUUUGUUAAUUUAACUUUGACAAGCUUCGUCAUAUCUGAAUGCUUUUUUUUCUUCUUCUUCUUUUGUAAAUGUAGCCUUAUUACUUGUUUAAGCUCAAAAUGAUCUGCUGUUCGGUGACUAAUAAUUCGUUUAUUCGGCUAGGCAAGUCACGGGUCACAGAAAUCCGCCUCUGACUUCUGCAAUUCCUUCCUUCUCAUCCUGACCUGACUAUAGCUAGUGACUGCAAGUUUGCUGUUGGCAAUCCAAUAAGGUAACGCUGUUGGCUACAGUAUUUCUCAAUUAUUUAAACAGAAUGCUUGGAUGUUGUCAAAAGUAUUUGUGUGUACAAAUGAUGGGUCGAGGGGUACCAUACCGUGAUUCCAGGGGAGCAAGUUUUUCCGAGAUCCUGAAGAAGAACGCUGCUUCCCUGCCCGGUGUGAACCUGUCCUACCUGCCCAUGUCCACGGAGGACGUCAACAACAACCUGCUGCUGCAUCCUGCAAACAGCAGCCCCAAACCUAAAACAGGUUGUAAAUCUACUAAGAGCAUCCCAUCCGAACUGAUCAAAAGAUAUCAGCGGGGCGAGACUCACGCUGUGUCAGCCCUCUAUCAGCUUUCUCAGGUACUGCAAUUUCAGCUAGAGUUGAAGGAAACUGUGACCACAGGUAACAUCCAGGGGUUCUAUUUCGCAUUCUGCGCUGUGAUCGAUGGCGUGGAGUACAAGACCGGGAUGGGACAGACCAAGAAGGAGGCCCGUGCCAAAGCGGCGCAGCUCGCCCUGGAGGACCUGCUACCCACCCUGGGGUCGCAGACUAUGCUACCUGACGCGUCAGAGGGUCCUCCUCCACUGCCUGCGAAAGAGAAGGAAUGUGCCGUGGCAGACUUCCACCCUGGGAGAGCAACCUGUGAGAGGAAGAGUACCUUCAACACACAGAUCCCAAAGGCUGUGAAGGAAGCUUACAGCAAGCUAUUGGAAGUGUGCCCCGAAUUCUUCUCCAGUGGGGGUACUUUGGCGGCUUUUGUCACUCAAUCACCUGCGGGGUGCGAAGUGGUUGCCAUGGGAACAGGGGAUUUCAAUACCAAAGAGACUGUCACAUCCAACGGACGGACCCUCCAUGAUUCCCAUGCUGUGGUGACUGCACGCCGAUCCCUGAUGCGGUACCUGUUCAGACACCUCCUGCUGUUCUUCAGUAAGAAUCGCGCCCUGGUAGAGAAGUCAAUUUUCCAACAGGAUGAGACCACCAAACUACUGAGCCUGAAGAGUCACAUUUCACUUCACCUAUACCUGAACCAACUUCCUAAAGGUGCCGCCCAGAUCCCCUCUCACCUCCGGCUGAACCCUCUGUCCAUCGCGGCCUGGGAGGUGAACAACCAGAUCGGCUUGCACGUCACCAUCCAGGGCAAGGUCUUCUCCGUCUUCUCCUCGACCUUUGAUCAGACCGCCACCAAAGUGGUGAGCAUGUCGGCCAGCGACAAGCUGACCCAGUGGCAGGUGCUGGGCUUCCAGGGAGCCCUCCUCAGCCAUUUCAUCGAGCCCAUUUACGUCAGCACCAUUCUCGUAGGCGAUGCGUCCUGUAGUGACGUGCGUGGGGUGGAGAUUGCAGUAAGUCAGCGUGUGGAAGGCAUCACGUCCCGCCUGCCUAUUUUCUACUGCGUGUACCGGCCACUGAUCAGCCUGGUGCCCGCUGUCUGCCCCGAGAGCUCCACCUCGUCCUCCACAGGUUCUGCCCACCGCGCCCUCGCCAUCAACUGGUGCCAAGGAGACGUGUCCCUGGAGGCCGUGGAUGGGCUGGAGGGCCGGUCCGUCGAGGACUCUCCGUUUAAGAGUGGCCCCGCCUUGGCCAGCCGUCUGUGCAAAGCCGCUAUGCUGAGCCGCUUCAACCUGGUAGCACAAGAAGCUCAGAGGCCCGACCUGCUGGCUGCUGUGUCUUACAGAGAGGCUAAGAUGAUGGCAAAGCCAUACCAGGAGGCCAAGAACGUGCUCAAGUCCUACCUCUCACAGAAGGGCUAUGGCUCUUGGCCAGUCAAAUCCCCAGUCAGUGACCACUUCUGCAUGUGAGGGGAUCGCAACUACAGAGUGCCUGCUGUCUUGUUAGACUGGUCAGAUCAGCAGAAACGUUAAACCUGCAGACGCUGCAGCCCCAUCUGGGCUGGAGUUGGAUAAACGCAAUUUGUAACAGUCCUGUCAUUUAACAAAAAUUUGUGACUCUGGCAUGUGACCAGCUUAUGUAUUGCAUGUGAACUGAAUUGCUGUUGGAAUCACACCUGGAUCAAGUAUUUGUUUGAAAUAAUUUAACUCUGGUUUAAAAACACCAUUGAAUGAUAACGAGUUUUGGUGUGAUUAUUGGGGAAAAUAGAUGUUUUCUUUUAAAAUGGUCAGUAAUCCUCUGAAAUUGUUUCCAUUGGUUAAAGUAUUUCAGAUAUGCAUUUGAUCCAGGUGUGGUUUUGAUAGACUCGAGAUUCUUCUGUUCUGUUCGGUCCGUGUCAGUCCCCGACAGAGACCGCUGUGAGAGAAGCCAAAAAUCAAGGUUAUGAAACUGUGUUCUGAGUUCAUGCUGUUAUUUUUAUAAAACGCUUAUGU